GCUCAAUGCGUCGUCUCUCCACGCCGUCUGAAACUCCCCGUCCCUCUUCUCCGCUCUCUGCCGCUCCUCUCCGCUUCGUUUCGCCGCUUCACCCGGCGAUUUUCCUCGCGAGAUGUGAACUUUGACAUAUACACCCACACUGUUGAUCUGUACCUUGGGCUUGAUAAAUAUGAACUCAGUUCAUAAGCCACCGAGUAAUAGCACACUCGGUGUUUCCAGCAUUUUGGGCCAUGAAGUAUGUGAGAGCUACUUGCUUUUUCCUGGUGAAACAGCCCUUGGAGAUGCCUUGCGAACCUUCCUCUAUUUCCUUGGUCUUGCUUACUGCUUUAUUGGAUUAUCUGCUAUCACUGAAAGGUUUUUCCGUUCUAUGGAGAAUGUUGUGAAGCAGACUCGUGAGGUGGUAGAGAUAGAUCCUCAUACAAAUUCAACGGUAGUUAGACGAGAAAAGGUCUGGAAUUACACUAUUGCAGACAUUACUCUACUGGCAUUCGGAACUAGCUUCCCUCAAAUAUCUUUAGCUACAAUUGAUGCUCUAAAAAACUUGGGGGACCUCUAUGCUGGAGGUUUGGGUCCUGGAACGCUUGUAGGCUCUGCUGCAUUCGACCUAUUUCCUAUUCAUGCUGUCUGUGUCGUGGUUCCUAAAGCUGGUGAAUUGAAAAAGAUAUCUGAUCUUGGCGUAUGGCUAGUGGAGCUCUUUUGGUCUUUCUGGGCUUAUUUUUGGCUGUACAUAAUUUUGAAGGUUUGGACUCCUGACAUUGUGACACUUUGGGAGGCACUUUUAACUGUGUUACAGUUCGGGGUACUACUGGUACAUGCAUAUGCUCAAGACAAGCGCUGGCCCUACUUAUCUCUUCCUUUAACAAGGGGCGAGAGGCCAGAGGACUGGGUACCAGAAGAGGCUACUUCAUAUAAACAUGUGGACAAUGUUGAUGAUGAGCACUCCAGGAUAAUUCAAAUUGAUGAAAAUUUUGAAAGGGGUAUUGUGGACAUCUUUUCCAUCCAUUCAGGAAGCAGAACAGGUCCAAUGUAUCACAACGUACCUGCCAGUGAUUUAGCUGAAUCCUCUAAUGAACUUCAUGCGCUUUCACUUUGGAAGGAACAGUUUGUUGAUGCACUGAUGUUAGAGAGUGCUCAGACAAAGAAGUUGGGCAACAUAUAUGUGCGGGCUUUGCAAAUGUUGUGGCGGUUACUUCUUGCACCUUGGAGGGUUAUGUUUGCUUUAGUUCCUCCGUGCCAAAUUGCUCAUGGUUGGAUUGCUUUCGUUUGCUGUUUAACCUUUAUCAGUGGAAUAGCUUAUGUGGUGACCAAACUCACAGAUCUAAUUAGCUGCGUGACAGGGAUAAAUGCUUAUGUCAUAGCAUUUACGGCGCUGGCUAGUGGAACAUCAUGGCCAGACUUAGUUGCCAGUAAGAUUGCUGCCGAAAGGCAGACGACAGCUGACUCUGCCAUUGCAAACAUCACUUGCAGUAAUUCAGUGAACAUAUAUGUGGGCAUAGGAGUCCCGUGGCUAAUUGACACCGCAUACAACUUCAUUGCAUAUCGGGAACCUUUGAGGGUCCAAAAUGCAGCCGGACUUAGCUUCUCGUUGAUCGUGUUCUUUGCUACAUCUGUGGGGUGUAUAUCAGUUCUCGUGCUUCGGCGUCUCACGUUGGGUGCGGAAUUGGGGGGGCCAAAGCCUUGGGCUUGGUUAACCAGCAUUUUUUUCAUGUUGCUCUGGAUCAUCUUUGUGACGCUUUCCUCUCUCAAAGUUUCUGGCAUCAUAUAGGAAGGAUUUAUUCAGAUGACGUCUAGUACUCAAAGGCCCAGACACCGCAGGCGAUCGAACCUUGGAUUUCAUUCUGGCCCUCACAACCCGUCACCAUCGGGUGGUUUGCCCUGGGCCUCGGACAUGGACACUUCCAUUGUUGAGGCAGAUCCUCAAAAGCCUUCUCCUAUCGCAGGUAUUCUCGAGUCAGAUUUCUUAUAUAGAGAUGUACCAAAUUGGCAUGGGGAUGAGCUACAUUUGAUGAAGAAGAAGAAGCAUAUACUGAUAUUUAUUAGAAAUAUCUUUACAUGCCAAGCAUUAAGAGCAGAUACAUUCAACUUUUUUUUUCCUGUUUUUCCCCCAAAGUUCCAUGUAUUGAAAGAAUCCCAUGCUUGUUGCUAUGUCAUUCGAUGUACGAAGUCUCGAGUGCCAAAUGUUAUGUGCAUGCCUGCCGGCCUAUUAUUGCCGGCACCACUUGCUCCAGCCUUUAAAAAGGAUGUGUGUUGUGAGAUUAAUGGUAUAGCACAUGCACAUUUAGAAACGUGCAGAUAAAUGAAAAUGA